AUCUUGGGGCAACGCGCGCCACUGGACGAAAUCUAUAUCGUGCUGCGCUUCAUUGCCUCACGUGUGCUCCAACUCGUCAUGGAGCGCAAAUUGCACUCUCCAAGCUUGAGCGCGUGAAUGGGAAAUCGCUACCCCAUGACUAAAUUAUGUAGGACUGGACGAGGAGGAUGCUUACCUUCAUUUGAGAAAAUCGGCCCAGUUUAUAUAAGGGUUCACCCUGAUAUAGCCCGGCAACACUAAAUAGAAGAAUACAUUAGGAGCGUAUCAAGUCUACAGAGAAAGCGAGGAAAGGAAAAUAUGGACCUAACGGACCAAGGAGCACAAAUGGAGCCGCUACUACCCUCGGAACCAGGCCCCCAGAGCCCUCAGAUACCUCAAGGAGACACGAAUGUGAGGACUGAUGAGGAGGCGGUGCUGGACAGAGGGGGCACUCGCUCCAUGCUCAACACCAACUUUGAGAAGGAGGAGCUGGAAGGCCACCGGACUCUUUACAUUGGGGUCCACGUUCCCCUGGGGAGGAAGUCCCACCGACGUCACCGUCACCAUGGCGGCCACAACAAAAACAGCAGGAAGAGAUCCAAAGAGAGGGAAUCUGGGGUGGACGGCGAUGGCAGAGAAUCACCUUCCCACACAGACACUCCUGCCCAGAGGGUGCAGUUCCUGCUGGGCACAGAGGAUGGUGACGAGGAGCACAUAUCUCACGCCCUCUUCACUGAGCUGGAUGAGAUCUGCCUGAGAGAGGGCGAGGACGCAGAGUGGAAGGAGACCGCCAGGUGGCUGAAGUUUGAGGAGGACGUGGAGGAUGGAGGCGAGCGUUGGAGCAAGCCCUACGUGGCCACCCUGUCUCUUCAUAGCCUGUUUGAGCUGAGGAGCUGCAUCCUCAACGGCACUGUGCUGUUGGACAUGAGGGCCAACUCACUGGAGGAGAUCGCCGAUAUGGUCCUGGACCAGCAUGAGGUGUCGGGCGCAGUGGGGGAGGACGUGAGGAGGAGGAUCCGUGAGGCGCUCCUGAAGCAGCAUCACCACCAGAACCACAAGAAGCUGGCUAACCGCAUCCCCAUCGUACGCUCCUUCGCCGACAUCGGCAAGAAGCAUUCCGAGCCCCACUCUAUGGACAAGAACGGUCAGACAGUCUCUCCCCAGUCCCAGCCAGCUACCACAGAGGGCAAGGAACAUGUCAGCCGGGAGAACAGCCAUGUGGACUUCAGCAAGAUUGACCUCCACUUCAUGAAGAAGAUUCCCCCCGGUGCAGAGGCAUCCAACGUCCUGGUGGGGGAGCUAGAGUUCUUGGAGCAGCCGGUGGUGGCCUUUGUCCGUCUGUGUCCCGCCGUGCUGCUCAACGGCCUGGCUGAGGUCCCCAUCACCACCAGGUUCCUGUUCAUUCUGCUGGGGCCUCUGGGAAAAGGACCACAGUACCAUGAGAUUGGUCGAUCCAUCGCAACUCUGAUGACAGACGAGGUGUUCCAUGACGUGGCGUAUAAAGCCAAGGACAGGAACGACCUGGUGGCCGGCAUCGAUGAGUUCCUGGACCAGGUGACUGUGUUGCCACCUGGGGAGUGGGACCCCUCCAUCAGGAUAGAGCCGCCCAAAAACGUGCCCUCUCAGGAAAAGCGGAAGGUCCCUCCUCUACCCAACGGAGAUCUGGGAGAAGCAGAGGAACCUGGUGGCCAUGGAGGCCCAGAGCUACAGCGCACAGGAAGGUUCUUUGGAGGGUUCUUCAUGGACAUCAAGCGCAAGGCGCCCCACUACCUGUCUGACUACACGGACGCUUUGAGCCUGCAGUGUCUGGCCUCCUUCCUUUUCCUCUACUGUGCCUGCAUGUCUCCUGUCAUCACCUUCGGAGGACUGCUGGGGGAAGCCACCGAGGGACGCAUAAGUGCAAUUGAGUCGCUGUUCGGAGCCUCCAUGACGGGGAUAGCCUACUCCCUGUUCGCUGGGCAGCCUCUCACCAUCCUAGGCAGCACAGGCCCUGUUCUAGUGUUUGAGAAGAUUCUCUUCAAGUUCUGCAAGGACUAUGACCUGUCCUACCUCUCCCUGAGGGCCUGUAUCGGCCUGUGGACGGCGUUCCUCUGCCUGCUCCUGGUGGCUACAGACGCUAGCUCCCUGGUCUGUUACAUCACCCGCUUCACAGAGGAGGCCUUCGCCUCACUCAUCUGCAUCAUCUUCAUCUACGAGGCCCUGGAGAAACUCAUCCACCUGGGGGAACACUACCCCAUCAACAUGAACAACAACCUGCAGAAACUCACCCAGUACUCGUGUGCGUGUGUGGAGCCAAAGGAUCCCAGCAACUCCACUCUGAGGUACUGGGAGGACAGGAACAUCACUGCAUCAGAGGUCAACUGGACCAGCAUGGAGGUCAAGGAGUGCUUUGUGUUCCGGGGGGAGUUUGAGGGCAGCGCCUGUAGCCCCCACGGACCCUACAUUCCUGACGUCCUCUUCUGGUCCGUGGUCCUCUUCUUCUCUACUGUCUUCAUGUCCGCUUUCCUCAAGGAGUUCAAGACCAGCCGCUACUUCCCCACCAAGGUGAGAGCCCAGAUCAGUGACUUUGCUGUCUUCAUCACCAUCCUCACCAUGGUCCUAGUGGACUAUGCCCUGGGAAUCCCCUCACCCAAACUGCAGGUCCCCAACAAGUUCAAGCCAACCAGAGACGACCGUGGUUGGAUCGUGAACCCAAUAGGACGCAACCCGUGGUGGACCACCAUAAUCGCGGUCCUCCCAGCGCUGCUCUGCACCAUCCUCAUCUUCAUGGACCAACAGAUCACGGCUGUUAUCAUCAACAGGAAGGAGCACAAACUGAAGAAGGGUUGUGGCUACCACCUGGACCUGUUUGUGGUGGGGGUGAUGCUGGGAGUGUGUUCUGUGAUGGGCCUGCCCUGGUUCGUGGCGGCCACCGUGCUCUCCAUCUCCCACGUCAACAGCCUGAAACUGGAGUCAGAGUGCUCGGCCCCAGGGGAACAGCCCAAGUUCCUGGGGAUCAGAGAGCAGCGCUUCACCGGCCUCAUGAUCUUCCUACUCAUGGGCUGCUCCGUCUUCAUGACCUCUGUCCUCAAGUUUAUCCCCAUGCCUGUACUGUAUGGAGUGUUCUUGUACAUGGGAGCGUCUUCGCUGAGAGGUAUUCAGUUCUUUGACCGUCUCAAACUGUUUGGCAUGCCGGCCAAGCACCAGCCAGACUUCAUCUACCUGAGACACGUCCCCCUGAGGAAGGUCCACCUCUUCACCAUCAUCCAGCUCAGCUGCCUGGUCCUGCUGUGGGUCAUCAAGACCUCAAAUUAUGCCAUCGUCUUCCCCAUGAUGGUGUUGGCUCUGGUGUUCAUCCGUAAGCUUCUGGACUUCAUGUUCACCAAGAAGGAGCUGAGCUGGCUGGACGACCUGAUGCCUGAGUGGAAGAAGAAGAAACUAGAGGAAGGAGAGGAAGAGGAGGAGCCCAGUAUUAUAGUGGAGGAGGAGGAGGGGAUAGUUACUUUGCCACUGGAAGGAAAUUACAAGAGCGAUCCCGCGACGGUGAACAUUUCCGACGAGAUGUCCAAAGGCUCCUUCGGGAACGUGUGGAAUAGUAUUAGUCCCAGUGACAGCUCCAAGAAGGAGCCAAGCUCCAAAAGCUCCCCUUCCUAACCUCUCAGAAGCUCAUUAUCCCAAAGUGGUUGCGAGAGAAGACAAAAGAGGAAGGACUCUAAGUUGGACAGAGAGACGAGUUUGUGAUCCAUACCAGCUUCGUCACCGUUCUGUGGAAAAUAACUCCUAACGUGCCACACUCGACCACCUCUGAACUGUGCUGCACCAUGCAUUCUCGUCAUGUAAGACUGUGUGUGUAUGUGCAACUCGUGUAAAUCUUUUAGAAACAGUGUUACCCUAUGGCGGAACCAACAAACAUUAACUGUGAUUAUUUUCUAUGUAUGUCAAUGUAUGGUGAUACCAGCAACAGAGGAAGCAAGGAAUUCAUAUUAUUAUGUCUAUCUACCCGUGGGCCAAUUUAUUACAGAUGUAAGAUCUUAAUUUGAGCAGGUUUGCUACAGCAGGAAAUGAAUCCUGAAGUAUGGAUUAUAAUUAAUGGACAUUUUUGUAAGGGCUGAACAUAUUUUCAUAAGGUAAAAUCAAGUCUGACAUUUUUACGUGGAAAUGACAAAACUUCAGACGGCUUUUUAAACCGUAAAUACACUACAGGUUUAGUAUUUCUGCAACAGGGUGAUCAAAUUAAGAUCCUACAUCUGUCUCAACCAAAUAGUUUUUAAAGCAACCUUACUUUUUAAUGGAAUCGUUUGUAUUUUGUAUGUUUUUUCUAUUUUUUCAGCAUAGUAAUCCUUUAAAAAAAAUCAAUUACAGUAUACAACGAAAAUACUUGUUCAUGGAAUAAUCGAUGUGUUUAGUUUUGUAAUUUGACAUCACUGUCGGGUCUCUGCACUUAACAAUACGAAAACAGUAUACUGUAUAUGUAUCAAAUGAAAGUGUUAAAUGUACACGUUUUUUUCUUGAAAUCUCAUUUGUAAAAUUUUCACUGCCAUUUUCCAGAAGAUUUGUUGAUAGUAUUCUUUCUCCAUUACAGGCCAGUGUUAUAUUUCAGGCAUUGGGGACCAUUACAUUCCAGUUAGUGUAGCAGCAUAGCCCUGCCAUUCUGUACCUAUUGGGAAUGUGAUUCCUUUAGGGUUUUAACCAUAGACUUUCAAUGAACACCAUGUAGUAAUUUAUAGGAUCUCUGGUUUUAACGAUCAAAUUGUCUUUGAAGUCGUUUGAUGACCAUGUAGAGAUACCAUGCCUUCAGAAAGUAUUCACACCCCUUGACCUUUUCCCCAUUUUGUUGUUACAGCCUGAAUUUAAAAUGUAAUUACAUUUGGAUUUUUUUGGUCAGUCGCCUACAAACAAUAACCCAUAAUGUCAAAGUGGAAUUGUUUUUUGAAAUUAACAAAUUCAUUCAAAAUGAAAAGCUAAAAUGUAUUGACUCAGGGAGUUGAAUACUUAUCUAAUCAAGAUAUAUUACUGUAUUUUUUAAAAUGUAUUAAUAGAUUUGAAUUUUACAAUUAAAUUCAUUUUAAUCCCAUUUUGUAACACGAAAUGUGGAAAAAGUCAAGGGCUGUGAAUACUUUCAAGAAGGCACUGUACCUGUGUGUUCCACGGGCAUACAAAUGUGUCUUUACCGGCAUAUUGUUCCAGUCAUCCUGUCGGUACGUUAUGUGAUAUCUUCUCCUGCAUUCCAGUUUGUUUGACACCUACAAAGUGAUGUUGUGUUCUGAUUCUGAACUACCAGUAACUGUAUUUACACACCUGCACAAAGGUGAAUCAAACUUAGCAGUGUCUUUCGACAGGGAUGUUGUGAUUAAUUGAUAGAAAUGCAAUAAUAGCUUUGUGAGAAAGGGCAAAAUGUAAUAAAGUGAAGACUCUUAACGAUGUACUAUACAUAGUAUAUUUUAUUCAUGUGUAAAGUGUUACUAAUAUGUUACUAAACUUUGAAUUGGGGUAAGUGAAAACUCGUGGUUUUAUGUCGUUGACGUCUAUCCCAUUGUACUGUGUUGUUGAUGGAUUUGACUUAUUAGAGAAAUAAGAAUGGAUCAAUAUCAAUAUCACAUUUUGGCCACUUUACUUGUGGAAAUCUGCCUUUUUAAAUUUAGUAUCGAUAGCUGAAGACAAGUUUAUGUUUCAGAGUUUAUCGACUCAUCUGUGGAAAAUGAUCAAUUCAGAUAUUUGUUGUUCUAUUAUAAAUGUGAUUUGUUAUAUAUGACAGAGAGAGAAAUGUAGGAAACAAUAAAGUGACUGAAACAUCCA